AGAAAGAAGCAGCGAAGCCAACGACGCUCCCUCACUCACACAAGCCGUCAGAGACACAGAGCAGAUCCAAAGUUACAAGUCAACUGCGUCUCUCUCUCUCUCUCUCUCUCUCCCUUCCCGUCUCCUCCAGUCCUCCUCCUCCUGACAACACUUCCCCUGUGAAAUGACCUUUUUGCCCCUCCUCUUUCCUCUUUGACUCCCUCUCUCCCGCUCCCUCUCUCACAAUGGACAACACUAUCAACUCCUCCGACGCCCGUUCCGGUUCGGAGCUCCGGCUCCGCCAGGUUGCUUCUUCCGAUUCGACUCAAUUCGUCGUUUCCCGAGGUGCCAGGUACAAGCUCUUGUCUCCUGCUAGUCUUCCGAUCUCCAGGUCGCCCUGUAUCACGAUUCCCCCUGGUCUUAGUCCCUCGUCCUUCCUCGAGUCCCCCGUGCUUCUCUCCAACGUCAAGGUGGAGCCUUCACCAACCACUGGGUCUCUUACUAAACCUCAGUCUGCUCAAGAUUCUGUUUCUUCUGCAACAUAUCCUUCAACAACUGUACGCUUCAAAACCAAUACUGUUGAUGACAAAAUAUGUGGCUUCUUUGAGUUUAACUCAAACAAUAGAUCGAACAUGGCUUCCACAGAUUUCAACAACCAUGUAAAUGAACCAUCUAUGCAAAUACAAGGUUCGAGCCCAGCUCAGUCUUCUGCUUCAUCACCAUUAGUGAAAAGUGAGAUGGCAAUGCCCUCAAAUGAAUUAAGUUUAUCAUCACCUGUUCAAAUGGUUUGUUCAGGGGCUAGUGCUCCUGUUCAAGCCGAUAUGGAUGGGUCUAACCCUUCCAGAGGCAGCGGUGUCUCAGUUGCUGCUGAGAGAACAUCUGAUGAUGGAUAUAAUUGGCGGAAAUAUGGACAGAAGCAUGUUAAAGGGAGUGAAUUUCCACGCUGCUAUUACAAAUGCACACAUCCUAACUGCGAAGUCAAAAAACUAUUUGAACGCUCUCAUGAUGGGCAAAUCACAGAGAUAAUUUACAAGGGAUCACAUGAUCAUCCUAAACCUCAACCCAGUCGCCGAUACUCUUCUGGUACUACUAUGUCUAUGCAUGAGGAGAGAUCUGAUAAACCUUCAUCGUUGUCUGGCCAAGAUGUUCAUAUGUAUGGUCAAGUGUCUCACACUACUGAGCCCAACGGUAAUCCAGAGUUAUCUGCUUUAGCAGCAAAUGAUGAUGGUCGGGAGGGUGCAGGAUUAGCUUCUAAUAGGAUCAGUGAUGAGGUUGAUGAUGAUGAUCCCUUCUCAAAGCGAAGGAAGGUAGAGAAUGGAAAUGCUGACAUUACUCCUAUAGUUAAGCCUAUUCGAGAACCAAGGGUUGUUGUACAAACUCUAAGUGAGGUUGACAUAUUGGAUGAUGGGUAUCGUUGGCGAAAGUAUGGGCAGAAGGUGGUGAGAGGCAAUCCCAACCCUAGGAGUUACUACAAAUGCACAAAUGCUGGCUGCCCUGUUAGAAAACAUGUGGAAAGGGCUUCUCAUGAUCCCAAAGCAGUAAUAACCACAUACGAGGGUAAGCACAAUCAUGAUGUGCCUACUGCAAGAAGCAGUAGCCAUGAUACAGCAGGACCAGCAGCUGCAGCCGGACAGACACGAAUAAGAUCGGAAGAAAGCGAUACUAUUAGCCUUGAUCUCGGGAUGGGAAUCAGUUCGGCUGCUGAAAAUAGAUUGAAUGGGCAAGGGAAAAUGCUACUCUCUGAAUUUGGGAAUGGUCAAACUCAUGCUAACAGUUCCAAUUUCAAGUUUGUUCAUAACACCCCAGCUCCAGCAUACUUUGGUGUUCUAAACAAUGGCUCAAAUCCAUACGGUUCUUCUAGAGAACCUCCAUCUUUGAACCAUUCCACUUAUCGGUGCCCACAGGGCAUGGGAAGAAUACUAACAGGUCCAUGAAGUUGUCUACUCUGUACUGAGGAAAGAUAAAUUUCCAAGUAUUAUUUUACUUCAUUUUGGCGGCGAGAGAUGGAAGGGUAAAACACCUUAUUAUCACUAUGAAAAUGCAGAUAGUUCAUUUUUAUGUGUAGAUUCACUAUUUGAGAUCCGCAUCUAUAUUGCUUUUAUUAGCUGCCUUUUUUCUUCAGGUUGACUUGGAGGUCUAAUUACUGUUUGUAAAUUAAAAUUGGAGUUCAUCUGUACAGAAGUGAAGCUGAUUUCAGAAUUGCUUCUUUAAGAGAAACCCUUGUAAAAGGUACUGUUUAUGUUAGGGGCGUUAAGCCUUUCAUUGAAGAACUCUUGUUUGUAAUUAAAAAGAGAUUGUUGUAUGUUCAAGCAACUCAUGUUCAAAACA